AUGGAAUUGAACCAGAAAAAAAUCGAAAUACAAGAAUCGAUUGCAAUGCGUAUUCGAGCAUCGGCGAGAAGGAUGUCCGAAGUGGAACAUAUUAAGCUUACCAAUCAAGGCUUGCUAUUAAUGAUGGUAAACGGUUAUGUUAUGAAAAAAAUUUGCAAAACGACAACUGGUAUUCCUUUUAAUGGAUGGAAUUGUGAAGAAAUACUACAACAAAAUCUCACAUUGGCCAAGAUAGCUAGAUCUCAUAUACUAGAUAUCAUAUGA